AUGAAUCCUCCUCAAGGUACGGGGGCCCCACAAGGGGCCCCACAGGGGGGCCCCUCCCCCUCGCCUCCAGCAGGGGGGCCCCCUCGCCCCACUGUACCCCCUCCCUUAGGGGGGCCCCUUGGGGGGGGCCCCCCUAAGGGGCCCCCCACGGCUGCAGCGCGCGCUACUCCACGGGUACCCCCUGCAGUACCUCCAGCUAAGCCAAAGCCUCCACCGCCGCUCAAACAUCAAAAGCAGCAGCAGCAGGGACAGCAGCAGGGGCAGCAGCAGCAGCAGCAGGGGCAGCAGCAGGGGCAACAGCAGGGGCAGCAGCAGCAGCAGCAGGUGCAGCAGCAGCAGCAGCGACAGACCUCCCCUCAGCAGCCACCGCAGAAGCAGCGAGCUCAGCAUCGACCGCAGCAGCAUCCGCAGCAGCUGGCGCUGCAGCAGCAGGCGCAGCAACCGCCAGCGUUUCAGCAGCGAAUGCAGCAGCAAGCGAAGCAACAGCAGCAGCAGCAGCAGCAGCAGUCUCGAGGUGCAGCAGGCGGCCUUGUAAAUGGUGGGGGCCCCCAGGGGGCCCCCCGCGAAGGUAAGGGUAAUCGUCAUCGCUCUGGAGGUCAUGGGGGCCCCCCCCCGAAGCGGAAGCGCGGUGCAGGGAAGCACAGCAGCAGCAGCAGCAGCAGCAGCAGUGGCAGCGGUUCUGCUGCAUCUCAGCUGGGCGCAUGCACGCAGCAGCAGAAGCAGCAGCAGCAGCAGCAGCAGCGCAGUGUGGACCAUGUGCGACUUCGGCUGAAGGAGUUGAUGGAGUUGAAGAGACAGGUCAUCAGGGCCAGGGCUACACCUGCCCAGUGCAUUAGGGCAGACUUACGCUGCUUCAACUGGAGUAUAUUACCGUGCUUAUUUGAUAUUAUUCUCGUGGAUCCGCCUUGGGGAGAAUAUGCAGAGAGAUGCAUCGGCGCUAAGAAACCAACAGAAGAUCUAAGGCCCUGGAGCUUAGAUGAUAUUAUGCAGGACGGGCAUUUGAUUCACGCGAAUUUGGACGCGGAUGUAAUUGUAGCGGAGGAGCCUGCAGAUUUUUAUUCUACAGAGAAGCCGCAAGAGUUAUAUGAUAUAAUAGAGAGGUUUUGUUUAGGUAGAAAGAGAUUAGAGUUAUUUGGGCUUCAGAGAAAUGUUAGAGACGGCUGGCUUACUAUCGGUAAUGCUAUUAGAGACACAAACUUCUCCCCAGAGCUCUACGCCUCCUGGUUUGAAGGAGACACUUCUUACCCAGAGGCCUCUUCUUAUAUGGGGGGCCGCUUUCUCGGCUCUACCGAAGAAAUUGAAGCCCUAAGGCCGAAGUCCCCGCCUAGAGAGAUCAGGCCCCAGCAGCAGCAGCAGCAGCAGCAGCAACAACAGCAGCAGCAACAGCAACAGCAGCAGCAGCAGUAG